AUGUCAGAAGUCUACUCGCCAGUCGACUCACAAGCCGGUGAUGAGCCAGGCGCCCCAGUGCUGACACGCCGUGCCACGAUCGGGGAUCCUGUCUACGAUAACCAGGUACAAGUCAGGCAACGACGCAAGGCAUCCGUCGUGGCUUGUGACCGGUGUAGGAAGAGGAAGAUCCGAUGCGAUGGGCAUCAGCCUUGUGCCACUUGCGCACGAUUCAACGUAAGAUGUGCUAGACCUGAGGCUGGGAGGGAGCGUAGCAGCAGCUCAGCAGAGCACUCUGCUUUGGCAGAUCGUGUGCGAAUGCUCGAGGCGACACUCGCGGCUGUCACUAGCAACAAUGCCGCUCAAUCAUUCUUCGAAGGUUCAGAGAUGCUAGGCGAAGCAUCGAGUCGCCCAACGCUGCAGAUUGAUACCAGUUUCGACGACAGCAGUCUGUCUCGAUCAUUCUCCUUCAACGACCUCAAUGCCCCAGAGACAGACGACUCAUCAUCGUUGAUGGUUCCCUCAAUCCAGAUCACAGCACCACAUGGCAGCAUCCCAUCUUCCCCCUUGGCGAUAUCACCUUCCAGCCUGUACACAGGCACAACACGUGCGUCCACCCCUGAUCCGAUGUCGGCGAUGUCGAUGACUUUCGACUCACUUGGCACCGGAAUGCUCGCACCUUCAUCAACAGGCCACGCUCGAACACCAGCAGUAUCGCAGUGGGCGGAAGUGUACGAUCGAGGCAAUACACUGCAAACUCCCGGUUCUACUCACGGAAGUGGCUGGAUCUCACGGCGGAGCUCUAUCUCAUCUUUCGGAGGCUUGGAUCAAGGCAUCUGCGAUAUGAAUAUCGACAUGCCGCCGAUGUCUCCACAGACAGGAGACUGGAACUUCCAAGAUCCAUUCGAUCAUUCUUCCAUGCUGGGUCACAAUGGCCUCGCGGCUGAGCACCGCAUGCCACCUAUUGCGCAGGCUGAAGCAUUAUCUCAGCGAGCUUUCGGCCAUGGCGACAUGCCGAUUGACCAGACGGCAUUCAAGGUCUGUCUGGGCGCGGCAUAUGAUGCUGCGAACCAUUCCAACACCAUGUCUUCCAGCAACAUGCCCUCGGCCGCACAACUGAUGCUCUUGACUUUGACGCCGUUCUCGCUGCGGAUGGCACGAUGCCUGGCGUUCCUGGUGUUGACGAUCGGGUCGAAGGUUGAUAUAUCUGUGGGUGGAGGCAACAUUGUGCUUGAAGACUGUUAUGCGAUUGCGCAGGAGCAGAUGCGGACGACAGAUUUUUGGGCUGAGCCUGGGGCGCAGAAAGCCGCCAGCCUGCUCGGGAUACUUUCGAGUAUCUCAAUGCAAUGA